AUGUUCAUUCUAGUUCUACCAGAGGGAUUGUCGAUUGUCUCGGCCACGCCUUUUGGUUACAGUAUUUGGUCCAGCACGGCCAAGCUCAUUGCUCGUGAUCUGACAACCUCGGGCACAAUGAAGACCUUUUUCGUCAAGAUCUCAUGUGGGGAAACCGGCAGAGUCAUGCUUCUCGGCGAGUUCGAGUCAUCCAAGAUCAUCUAUGACUUGAUGGCAGACUUCAUUCCAAAGCCCUUGAAGAACGGAAAAAUUGAGAAAGUAGAUAUACCCACGUACUUCUAUACAUCGGAGUUUGUAGAUUUCGAUACCACAACGACACGAGAUCCUUCCGAGUUCUGCAAGCGCCUGGCUGAAAUGCACCGGAAGAGUCAGAACCUGUCGGACAAGUUUGGUUUCGGCGUUACGACAUGUGAUGGCGACCGUCCGCAUAUUGUGGAAUGGGAGUCAGAUUGGGCCGUGUUCUAUCGGAAAUUAUUCCUCCACACGCUUGGCUUGGACAUCAAGAGAAAUGGCACUUGGCUCGAGUAUGAGCGUGCGGCUCACCGUGUAGCCGAGUUUGUGAUCCCGCAACUACUGGAAGGACUCACAUGGGAUGGACAACCGAUCAAGCCCAGUCUAAUUCAUGGCGACCUAUGGGAAGGAAACACGGGUAUCAACAACAAAACGAACCUACCGAUGUUAUUCGAUGCUGGGUCGUACUUUGCCCACAACGAGAUGGAGCUGGGGCACUGGGCUUGCGAGUUCGCGGCGAUUUUCGGGAACAAGGAGUACAUGAACCGGUACCUUGAAUUCUUUCCGAAGGCGGAGCCCGCCGAAAAGUUCGAGGAUCGAAUUCGGCUUUACAGCCUGAAAGGGGGAUGA